UGGGGUCCACGUCGAGUAGCUCGAUCACGUUCGACACCAGAUAAGGUAGGGUUUUGUUCACCUUUAUUUUCUCCGUGUUUUCCUUGAUUUUAUCUUUCAUUGCUUGCAGUUCGUGGGUCACCCUCAGAACUUCGCUCUUCAUUAUCUUUAUCUCACUGUCCAGGAGUCGAGUUCGUUGAACAAUUUCCUCCGUGGACAUUUUUAAUACCUCUUCACCGAUUCCGUCUUCCACUUCGUCCCAAACUGAUUUGUCACUCAGCGACGCCAUCUUGAGUCUGUCUGCGCGACCUCUGACACCGGAAGUUAAAGCUCGCUCUUCCGGAAAUCGCAAACUCAGCGUCCAAGUCUUUGGUAUUUGAGCUCAAGAUGAAGCAAACUACAACCUGAAGGCGUUUUGUGGGUCGACUCCACGUAAGUUGGCAGUGGGUGGUUUACAAAACAAGAGUAAAGAGGAAAUUGGACGACUUCGCCCAGAAAAGUGUUAUUCUUGCUAAUCAAGCAACUGGGCACACAACUGUCAAGAGUUUGCCACAUAAGGUACCAAGCCGGUGUGUGCGUUCCUGCUCCCUUGGGUGAUAAGUUGAGGAGAUGGAUCAGAACAACAGCAUACCAGCCUUUCAGGGGCUUGCCUCCCCUCAGGGCGCCAUGACACCAGGAAUGCCUAUCUUCAGUCCCAUGAUGCCAUAUGGUUCAGGCCUGACACCUCAACCUGUUCAGAACACAAAUAGUUUAUCUAUAUUAGAAGAACAGCAGCGACAGCAGCAGCAGGCGCAGCAAGCACAGCAGGCCAAUGCGGGCCUUCCAGGAACAUCGGGGCAGACUCCUCAGCUCUUUCAUUCACAGGCGGUCACAGGUUCUACUACCACAGCGCUGCCAGGAAACACGCCACUGUACAACACCCCACUGACCCCCAUGACGCCAAUCACACCAGCCACACCGGCCUCAGAAAGUUCUGGAAUAGUGCCACAGCUUCAAAACAUUGUGUCGACAGUCAAUCUGGGCUGUAAACUGGACUUAAAGACCAUUGCAUUGAGAGCAAGGAAUGCAGAGUACAACCCAAAGCGUUUUGCUGCUGUAAUCAUGAGAAUACGAGAACCUCGCACCACAGCUCUUAUUUUUAGCUCUGGAAAGAUGGUCUGCACAGGAGCAAAGAGUGAGGAGCAGUCGCGGUUAGCGGCCAGGAAGUACGCUCGUGUGGUGCAAAAGCUGGGUUUUCCUGCCAAGUUUUUAGACUUCAAGAUUCAGAAUAUGGUGGGGAGCUGCGACGUUAAGUUCCCCAUUCGUCUGGAAGGCUUAGUACUCACGCAUCAACAGUUUAGCAGCUAUGAACCUGAACUCUUUCCAGGAUUGAUUUACAGAAUGAUCAAACCCAGAAUUGUCUUGCUCAUUUUUGUUUCUGGGAAGGUCGUGUUAACAGGUGCUAAGGUGAGAGGUGAAAUCUAUGAAGCCUUUGAGAACAUCUAUCCAAUCCUGAAAGGUUUCCGCAAGACAACGUAGAACCUUUGGAGCCUUCUUCCCCAACAUUUUUUCUAAAUCCCUAACAGUCUUCAACUGCUGUUAGGACAGUUGUGCCGUUGUGAUUUUUUUUUAAUCUAUUUACAUUGAUUUGCCAGUUAUCAUUUACAUGUUUUUUUUUUAAUUUCCCAAACCCUUGUAUAUAAGUCUGAAAGAAAAUAUUCACUUUAACUCAGUUUUAUACAUUGAAUUUUUUUUCCCAGAAACAAUUUCUACUCGGUUAUAAGGUGAAGUAAUUUCUUUGAGUCCUUUUUUUGUUUCAGGGUAUGAUGUAUAGUUGCUCGAUUGAUGCUUUUCAGAGUUAUGUAUAUAUAAAAGUGUUUGUUUUUUUUAAUCCCAAAUUUGACAAAUUCAUAUUUCAAUGGUUGACACCCCCAUAAAAAAAGUAUCUGCUUCUGCUUAUUUAGGGAAGCUUUACACUCACAGUGGCAAUUGAAUAUUUUGCGUGCACUUAACGUCAGCACCCUCUCUUAAAAUUUUGGCAGUCAUCAGUUUUAAUUUUUAGAUGCCAAUUUUCCAUUAGCAUUUUUCCGAAAUGCUUUGAUUAAGAAUAUGCAACUGAAAUUUGCCCAUGCACUGUACAAUAAACCUGGACAUACCGAGCCUCGUGAAAGUCUUUUUCCAGUGUAACAAUGUUUUACUCACUACAUUGUUUGACAUUCACUAGAUGUAGUUAAACAUGUAUAGAUACGGUACACAAUCUUUUCACUUAUCAUUAAGCUGUAAACAGUAUGGGCAUCUUAGAAUUGAUACAGUAUACUGAACAGUAAAUCAUAGUAAGUAGACCAACAGGUGCUACAGUCAUGUCCAGCUACAAGGAAUACACAAGAGGUCUUCAGUUUGCAACAGUCAUUUAUAUGCACUUAUAUACAGUUUGCUGUGUUGGAAAAUACCAUAAUCCUUAAAUGAUCACAAUGAUAGUUUAAUUUACAUUUGCUGCUCUGUGCUAAAGUCUUGCUUCCAAAUGUACUCAAGGCAGUAUUGUUCCUCAUGGUUACAGUUAACAGAACAGGUGUAUACGGCCAGAGUCCCCCAGUCGAUACUGGCCUCUGUGGAAUCCACAUGCAAACUGUUCAGCAGCUGGGGCAUCACCUUGACAAGUGCACACACAAUCCAAAAUUGAGAUUUUAAGGGGUAAAUUACAUUUGGCGUGAGCAUUAAGUAAAAAAACAAACCUGAAAUUCAAAAAUUCUCUUCGCCCCACAAGUGCAUACUGGAAUAUCUGCAUCUGACGGGAUGUGCUGUGAGGACACCCACAAGGGAGAGCCGCCCCGACUGUAGCGCAACACCUGCACGGACAGCAAAGGGUCAUGAAACCCUAACCUUUGAUAUGUCAAUUCGGAGUUCUCAACCUGCUGUGGCUCAGGUGCAAUCUUCUUUUUAAAGCGCUGGAACACUUUGUUGUCCUCAGUCUCGUGCAUGGCCAUCUCUUCCAGGUCUGUUUCUGCAAGCACUAAAAAAAAAACAUUUUAAG